UUAAAAAAACAGCAUAUACACAAGCAUUUAUUAAAAGAUAAAUAAAAACAAAAAACACAAUAUAAAACCUAAUUCAAAAUGCACUACGCUAAAGAACAAAGGGUAUGUGUGUGUGGAUUAUCCAAAAUGGCUGCUUGGAUUCAAAAUGGUGGCUUAGGCGAUGUUUGAAAAAGAGUGUGGCUCUGUUAAAGGUCAAUUUGGAAUUUAUGUGUGUGAUCAGUGUUCAGAAUGGUGCCUUAGGCCAAUACUACAUGUCGUCAGACAGAGAAAGUUAAUUCAAAAUGGCGGUGAGGCCACAUGACGUUAAACAAAGGAAACUAAUUCAAAAUGGCGGCUAAGCCAGAUAUGCCACAUGGCAUUAGACAAAGAAAGUUAAUUCAAAAUGGCAACCAUGUUUGAAAAAGAGUGUGGCUCUGUUAAAGGUCAAAUUGGAGUUAUGUGUGUGAUCGGUGUAGUAUAAUAGUGCCUAGUUAAAAGAGAGUUAGCUAGCAUGCAAAGACACUUGUUUGUUUGAAGCAAAACGUUAAAUAACAUCAACUUAGCAUGUGUCUACCAAAUCUUAACAGGGGGGAAGCACACAACAAUACAACUCAAUGAACCAAAUUAAUACUUAUACAUUCACAAAAGUAACACAGCCCUGUGCUUAGCCAUGUACUCUGCUAUUCUAUGUUAUGCCCAGUUAUAUGCUCAGUGGUUACGUUACCAGUCAAAGUCACAAAUGAACAAAUUCAUCUGUGGAGUUCCAAUGGUCCCAACACUGAGUUUUGCGAGUGAGUGCUAACUCCUGGUUUGAUGAAAAAGUCUACCUCCAUACUUUUUUCAUUCUUUUUGUCAGUAGAGUCUAAACUUGACGUUUUGUUUCUGUUGGGACAUGCACUACUUCAGCAGUUGUUCCUUCUCCCCAUACAUUGAAACCUCCUGUGAUUUUUAGUAAAUGCAAACAUGCAAAAACACUGGUCAAUCAUGGCAAAUAUUUUAGACUGUUUAAGAAAUGAGAGUAUAAUUGUGACAUAGGCAUGUAAAUAGCAUACCCACAUAACAGUAUUUUCCUAAAGGUUUUGAAUAAAUAUCAAAGGAGAAAGAACCAAAAGAACAUUUGGAGGAAUAAUUUUUUCUGGUUAACCCAACACUAAGGCAGCAGGCUGUCACACACACAAAUACACACACACACACACACACAGAGCUUAGACACCACACAAACAUAUAAAUGACUAACCAAAAACGUAAUAUUUGCAAUAUAAUAUUUGCAAUAUAAAAUAUAUAAAAUAAUAUCAAUAACAAUAAUGAGUUGAAUCAGCUACAUAGAAACAACAGUAGUUCAAAAAGAGACAGAAAACGGUGCCACAAUUUAUUAUCUCCGCUAGGUGUAAGACUGGAGGGGAUUGUGUGUGCGUGUGUGUAUUUGUCCGCAGCUAAUCUCACAUACUACUGGACCCAUCAGCCUAAUAUUUUUUUUGCGCAUAUAUAAUUGUAUGCUCAAGGACCUCUCGUAGUUGCGCUGAUUCACAAUUUUUGAAAAUUUUCUUGACUGCUCUGUUUAUACGGCCAGUUUAGAAUCUUGUUUCCGCUAGGUUAGUGAUGGACAGAUGAAACCUGAUGAACCUUUGGGGCUUUCUUUCUAUUUGUACCUAAAAAGAUUUGAAGCUUCGGGGCUUUAAACUCAGCAAACAUAGUGAUAUCUGGUGGCUUGGAAAACUUAUAGCAGCCCUAGAAGACUGGGGUUGAAGCACCACCACACCUCGCUGAUAUUAACGCUUUUAGUCUUGUGUGUGCAAUACAAGUCCAAGAAGCCGGUAUCACGCCAAAGCGUGUAAUAGACACACCAGUCCACUAGAGGAUACCGUGUCAGUGUCACGUUUUGCCUCGCCUAGUCGAUCCUGUGCUGUAUUAUUAAAUCUGUAUACUUUUGUUCAGAAGUGCUGCAUUAUAUAUAGAUGGUAUUGUGCAAUAUGUUACAGUAAAAUAAUUAUGCAUUGUCCAAAAAUCCUAGAUAUAAAAUAUUUGCUGACACGAAACAUUAAUGCACCUUUUUAGUCUAGGUUAGUCCGAGUGUCAUUGUCGGUAUAGCCACCCAUCUCUACGCUAGGGACAACAUAGUCUACGUGAUCAUCUUAGUGUUGGUGGAUUCUUUUGUUGGCAUUUUCACUUUGAAAUUGAUAUUGUCUAUGCACAAUAUAAUUCAGUAGAGACUAAAUGGCAUGAAAUGACACGCGAAAAGCAAAACACGCAUUGUAAUAACACGCAAAAUGACUUAAGACAUUGGCGUCUAAUCCAUACGCCAUUUGGUGAUACCAGGCCUGGCGGAGAUCUGCACUCUUCUAGUUUAGACAGAAAUCUGGACAAACACUCUCUCCAUCCCCUGAGAAUAAAGAAAUGUGUCCUCUACACUGUCGUAGUAUCUCAUUUCAUUGGGUGGCUUAUUCAACCAAUUCUAUGCAUAAAAAUAACAAGCCUAAACAUGGCAUUUGUGGUUGAUAUUGCCUAAUUGAAGGCAGCUGGAGAUGUUUUAUUUUUCAACAGGACUGCAUGAAAAAUUGAAGCUGUGUGCGAGGUGGGAAAUGCUAUAAAAAAGUACUGAAACACAAAAAUUUUUAGAAGCACUUGUUUAAAAGCCGUCUGUGGUUUGGUUCUGUUUUACAUUUCUGAUUUUUUUUAAUUUCCUCUUCUUCACCAGGAUUCCUGGAAGGUCUGUUGCUUAUGAUAUUUUUCUUUUACAUCGGCCAUCGGUAUAAUAUUACAGGGACUUUCAAUCUGUGCAUCCUAUCUAGAGUCUUACCAGGUAACAGUGGAAAGUAGAAUAUUCAUAACACACCCACAUCAUGAUCACCACACCAGCUUGGACCAGCACAAAAGAACACAUACUAUUAUGGUGUUAUCGGUAUCAUUGUCGUUUUCGCCAGUUCACUGCUGUGAAAUAAAGGCUUGAGUCUGUAAUCCAGUUGGAAUUAGAGGGAUUUGAGGUAGUAAGGACAUGAAGUCUAGCAUGCCUUGUUUUGUUUUGGGCACUCAAAAGAGUCAGGUUCAAUCAGACUUGAUCAACUUUCAGACAGGUUUAAAAAAAACUACAGGGGCCUGCUUUGUGAAGCCAGAUUAGUUAGUUAGCCCGCUAUCUUAGAAUUUAACUGGGGUUUUCUGAUAUCACAAAGAUGGCUCUCUUUUAACCGUGGUAGAUCACCAUGGUAAUGGCUAUGCUACAUGGCUAACCAGAUUAACUUCAGAGGAUCAACUGUCAACAGCCUGAAUCCGAUCACUGUAAACAUGGAGUCCUCAUUCCUGGAGGAUCCUGACAGGUACAAAAGUACUGAGUUUACAAUAAAGUGACAAGUUAUAAAGAUUAUUAUUUAUUAUUAUACUCUAUUAUUGGUCAGAAGAAUCACUUUGUUGUUCCAGACUUUCCAAUCAAUUCAAUUCAAUUUUAUUUAUAUAGCACCAAUUCAUAACAUAAGUUAUCUCAUUGCACUUUUCCUAAAGAGCAGGUCUAGACCGUAUUCAUUAUAAUAUUAUUUUCAGAGACCCAACAAAUCCCACCAUGAGCAAGCACUUGGCAACAGUGGCGAGAAAAAAACUGGGUUUAAAACAGCUUCUGGCAAAUGGUCAGAUAGUUUACCACUGUAAUGAAUGACAAUUAUUCUUUUAUUUCUGACAGGAUUCCUGACAGCGUAGAUGCUUUAACGCUCUUAUUUCAUCACUACAACUCAGAAUAACAAGAGGCCCCUGAGUCCGGGCGGUGUUGAGCACAUAAAACUGGAUAGAAUAAUUGCAUCAGUACUAGUUGGGCACUGCGCCCCUGUGUAGCUGGUCUGCCUUAGAGUGCCAUGGCCACAGGAACCCAGGACCACAGUGACCACGUCCUGGAGAAAGCCAAGCUUGCGCCGCCAGCGGGGAGGCGCAGGAAGGCAGAGGGGAAGCUGAAGAAGAAUUUUCCCUGCCAAGAGUGUCAGAAAGCUUUCAAUAGUCUGGAGAAGUUAAAGGUGCACUCGUACUCGCACACAGGAGAAAGACCCUACCGCUGUUCCCACCCCGACUGCACCAAGGCUUUCGUCUCCAAAUACAAGUUGCUACGGCAUAUGGCAACUCACUCACCAGAAAAAAACCACAAGUGUUCAUACUGUGAGAAAAUGUUCCACCGCAAGGAUCACUUAAAGAAUCACCUACACACUCAUGACCCUUACAAGGAGGCGUUCACCUGUCAGGAGUGUGGCAAGAGCUACAACACCAAGCUGGGCUUCAAACGCCACCUUGCCCUCCAUGCCGCCAACAGUGGAGACCUCACUUGCCAAGUGUGCCUGCAGCCAUUCCCCAGCACUGGGGUUCUUCUGGAACACCUCAAAACACACGCUGGCAAGUCCUCUGGUGGAACCAAAGAGAAAAAGCAUCACUGCGAGCAUUGUGAGCGGCGAUUUUACACCCGUAAAGACGUGCGACGCCACAUGGUGGUGCACACUGGACGCAAGGACUUCCUUUGUCAGUACUGUGCCCAGCGCUUUGGUAGGAAGGACCACCUGACACGUCAUGUGAAAAAGAGCCACGCCCGGGAGCUGCUGAGGGUAAAAACUGAGCCAGCAGAUUCGCUGGAGCCCGUUGUCUACGACUUGGUGUCUGGGGGCAUCAAAGGCGAGCUCCCAGGAAUGCUGGUGCAGAGGCCGCACCAGUCCAACAUGUACACAGGCCCCGUCCUGGACACAGAGCCCUUCCCCACCCCCUUUUCUUUAAAGUACCCACUGGGCUCCAACUUUACCUCAUACACUGUCUCCUCCCAGGAGCGGGAGCAGAAUCUAAAGGGAGAACUGGAGACAUACCUGAUGGAGCUGCAGAGCAGCAUGCCCUCCUCAUCCUCUGCAGCCCAAGAACCCCAACUCUCCUCCUCCAAACUUGUGUUGGAGACUCAAGUUGGCAUGCAGGAGGAAGCAAGCCAGGAGAUGUCCCUGUCCAAAAUGUCUACACCGAUGGCAGAAACCACCGCAGGUGACUCUCUGGCCUCAUCCUCUUCUCUGAUGGACUUCUCACAACUUUUCAACUUCCUGCCGCUCAACGGGCCUCCAUACAACCAGGCAGGGGGAAGCGGGGGGCAGGGAGUUGUCUAUCCACCCAACGAAGAGCCCACACCUCUCGUCCAACUGCCCCCCCAGCCACCAGAAGGCCCAGAGGCUGCAGAGAAUCCGCUUCAAGGGCUCUCUGCAGCCUCCUCCUUCAUAUCCAACCUGAGCGCUCCCACCACACUGCCCCGUUUCCACCAAGCUUUUCAAUGAUCCAGUAUGUACUGCGCAUGGCACACAAGCACUCUAACACUCACAUACUGACACACAUGAUGAGCUACAGUACACAACCACACCGACAGACACAGAAACAAGAUGCCAGUAACACGUUUGAAGAUAUUAGCACUUCUGUCCAUUUAAUAUGACAACAUGAGCAGACUCUAACACACGCAACAGACACAUGAUGAGCAACACUGACAGCAGCACACACACAUACAACACACACACAAACCAAGGUUUGGCUUAAUCAGCUUUCUAAUUUCUACUGUUGUAGGGAUGUCUUCUUUUCACCUAUCAAGCUUUUUAUUGACAAGGCAAAUCUUCACCACCAGUAUUCCUAGUGAUGUGCUCACAUAAUAGCAGAAGAAUGAUCCUCUUGUGCUGGCUGUUAAUGCAAAUACAAUUUCCAAAUGCUCAGUUUCUUGCUAUUUGCAAGUUUUAUAACCUAUCAUGAUCUGUUCUGAUUACCAGGAGAAACUACUUUUCAAAGACCUGCAAGCUACAAUAUACAUAUACAUCUUUAAUCGCAGCACAAGCAAUAUAAUUCAACCUUGGGCAUAAAGUUUCGGUGCAGCACUGCUCUGUGCACUGCACUACUAACGUAAGUGCAAAAACACGCCACAUACACAUUAACAGAGCAAAAAUGUUUUUUCCGCAAUAAUGUGGACACAGCUUAACUGUAACAGUGAGCUGUGUCAGUUUAAACAUGAAUUAGCCUUUUGGGAGUUGGAGAAUUGUCACAUAGAUUAAUGAUAAUAGUAAUUUGAUUGCAGAUUGAUUUUCUUUUCUUUCCCUAACCCCACAUGCUUUAGAAUAGAUUGACCUUAGUAUGCAGAUUUUGCAUUGUGUAUUGUUUUUGUGCAGCACUUUGAACUUUGUGAUGUCAUCUGUCAUCACAGUUGACCGUUGUUUUAUGUCUUUCUUAUUUGUGGUAGGGACCAAUCUGUAGUUUUGGGAUGUUUUCACCCAUUUCACCCAUCAUCUGCUAUAAGUGACGGCUGAAGCGUACCAGAUUUUGGAUACAUUUUUUUUGCAAAGUUCCAGGCAGCUAUUGCGUUUCAUUAAUUUCUAAUCUGUAUGGAAAUCAAUUUACUUGAGUCAGGUGACCAUGUCUGCUUGUAUUUUUGUCAAUAACAUCACUGUAAUAUAUUCCCUUACAACUGCAUUGCCAUGCAGUACAAUGGUGUCACAUUGUCAGCAGUAAAAGCAGACCUAAUGUUCACUGUGCUGGAUUAGAUAACCCGGUUUCAAGUCUCUGCAAGUUUAUUUCCAAUACGUAGUGAAAUUAUAGGAAACCAACGGAUUCCUGGAAGGUGGCAAAUAUGCGAUAAAGGAUUUUUAGCAUAAAGUUAACGUAUAUGUGAUUAGUAGUAAAUAGGCUAAAACAUGCAAAAACAUCGGUCUGGUUCUUUUGACCAAUCCAUAAAGCAGAAGUUUAUUUAUGUUGAUAUAGACAAGGAACGGAGUAGGAACUACUGAGCAACAGUAUUACAGUUUUAUAUUUAAUUUUCGUAGCUGGAGAAUUAAGUUAAAACUUGACCAGAAAAUCUACCAACAGUGGGGACAUUUUCAUAAAAGCUGAAAUGUGUCUUUUACGGAGUUUCUUAGUUAUCCCCAACCCCAAACCAAAGUCAACCAAACACAGCUGGCUUCUACCUGCUGAAACAUUACUGUAGACUGUACAGGUAGAACAGAACUGAAAAAUCUCAUCAGGGUAUUUCAGCAUACAGCAGAGAAUGAAUUGACACCAAGGGCUGUCGUCCUCCAAUUUUCCCCCCUAAACACCCUUUCCACCACACACACAGUAUCCCCACUUGGAGAGUUAAGAUCAGCCAUGUAUCUGGAUUAACAGGCACCAGUUUCGUCACAGAAAACUGACAAAUUACGCUCUAAUACAUGACACAAAAACACACACAACCAUUCACUGCUUCAGAUCCUUACCCAGUCAGCUAGCUAAAAGGAUCCACGUUAACCACCCUAGUAGAGCUAUAUUUUAGUAGGAGUGAGUACUACAGGCCCAAUGUGUCAUUACUGAUAGUUUUGAACAUAGCUACCGAGAUGUUCCACUCUCCCCAUGUUCAUUGUGCCUUAUUUUUCAAAGAUUAUAAAAAACUAUUUUAUCAAAGACCACAAAGAAAGCACUCCGUCAAGGAUGAAGGAAGGUAUCACUGCAAAAAUGCAAAUCCCACACAAAGUAUCUCAUUUCAUUUCUUUCCUGUCUGUAGUCAAGCACCUGUGCCUUUAAUAGGACUUAGAUUUCUAUGAAAAUUACCUUGUUUGUGACUUUUGGACUGAAACUAAACUUUUUGGAGUGGAUUGGAUGUGAAAGAUACAGAAAGGUCUUUUUUCACCUAGUACCAUUCAAUUUUAUGUAUCAUAAAACGUCAUUGCAAGGGUGCUAUGCAAAAGUGAACCAUAAAAAUGCAUAUUGGGGACUAGAAAAAUAAUUUUUCAAGAAAACAAAUUUUUACAAUGUGCACCACCAAUACGCGCAUUAACAGUGAAAUGAGCAAUUACCAGAUUAAUCGCAAAUAUGACAAAAGGUAUGGUCAGUUUACCAAAUAUUCCAGCCACUCUUGCUAUCUUUGAACCAAGAGCUAGAUAUAGAAUAGAAAUAUAAAAUAUGCAUACAAUGUAGAACUCCUCAAUGGUAUAUAAAGUAAUUUUAACAUUAUGUUAAACUGCCAAAUUUAGCUGCAAUUUUGGUAAUUUAAUCUUUUGAGUGACUAUGCCACACAUCGGUAGUCAUUCGAUUUUUAAAGCCUGACUUAAAUGUUUUCCUCAGAACUUGUGCAGAGGCUUGUGAGGUGUGACUUGGAUGGAAAACAUGCUUUACUAUGUUGUGCUUCCAUUAAAACUCAACAUGCAGGUUUCCUGAACCUCAUUCAUAAAUAAUGCAAACAUACUGUAAGCUCCACUAAGUUCCAAAAUACUUCAUAGUUUAGAAUAAGCUCAGCAGUUUGAUGGUGAAAAUAAAUGUCCACAGCCACAUGUUCUGACUUCCUCUGGCAUGGCUCCACUUUAUGUUUAGAUUAAGUGGAAGUCGCCCCCUAAAACACAAAACACAUGUUAGUCCUGUAGGUUUUGACUGCUCUGCCUAAAUAUGUGAACAUUAACUCUCUGAAAACUAAAACAUGAUGGAGCUGGGAGACAUAAAGGCUCUGUUUACACUUACACAAUAAUUGAAAUAGUAAUUGAAAUUCUGAUUGUAAAUAAAAAGGAAAUAGUUGGUAUGUGGAUAGAGAUUCAUUGUAAUUGCUCUUUAAUGAUAACAGCAAUGAAAACUUCUCACAGUGUGCUUACUUAUGCUGCUGGAAAAUUAUAUUUACAUAUUUCAACAACACUGCAGUAAUACAGAAUAUCGUGAGCUUGGAAUUCUAAGGUUCAUAUGAAUUUUAAAAUCAAUCAAAAGAUGGCAAUAGAAGACUAUAGUGUCAUUAACAAUAAUUAUUUGAAGGGUUCCUUUUUUAAAAAUGUGUCUGUGGGCGCCCGCCCCUUUUUAUAUUUAGCUUUUUAAAGAACUGGAUCCAGUCUGAAUCAAACAACCAAUCAGGCUUAGCUAGCACGUAACUAGCCAAUCAUAGCAACUCUGUACAAGCAAGUCUACAAUACGUGUCUUGGUUCCUCCCUUCCAGAGGCAUGUAGAAAGGUAUGUUACAUGAGCAGAGUGUAAUGCUUUCAGACAGGGCUUGGAGCAGGAGAGGGCCAUGGCGUAACUUAUGUUAUUUUAUCUUUAUUGUGCACUGUGUGCUUAUGGUGCUUGUGGUCCAGUGGGGCUUUGACCACAUCCAGCUUUGCCCUUCCCUCUACAUGGCUCUGCUCCCUUCCUCUCAGCUAGGUUUAGUGAAUUAUUUUCCAAUACCUCCUUUGCCUACAACAGCAUAUAGUAGGUGACAAAACAGGCUAAAAGAAGGAAGACCUUGGAGGAGAAGAGAGAAAAAGAAAGCGCUAAAUUAAAAAUAGAGAGCCAAGGCUAACAACAGGAUAGCCACAGAAACGUUUGUUAUCUUAUUUUUGCUAAGUUAGCUUAAUUUAGUUGGCUUGGUUAGAUAUCAACAUAGCACUUGUUGUACUGCUACCGUUACCACUUGUCAAGAAGGAAUAGGGCAACCUCUCCAUUGCUCUUCAGCCCCUUACACUCCCAGUUUUUAAAAAUGCAAAGGGACAGGCGCCCACAGACACACAUUUUUUUAAAGGAAAACCUUCAAUUAAAUAUUGUUAGUGACAUACAAUGGUCAAAAUUAUAAUGAAAUAAUAUUGCCUACUUUCAAUUCUUGAGAUGGUAUGUUUUUGGGCUAUUUUCUGCAGUCAGCCAGGGCUUCUAACCAAACCAUCAAGAGGGGUGCUUCUCAGCAUUGUCUGAGACUUUUGUUAAUUUACAGAUUUAGAGUAAAGUCGAAGCUGUAUGUAGUAAAGCUCCACUCAGCAUGGCAUAUACUGCUAAUGAAACAGUGGUUGAUGUUUGGUCAUGAGUAGUGAAGAGAAUCAAUGAGCACUAGAUGCAUUUCAUCUCAGAUGGACAGUCAGUGCAGAUACCUCAGUGCCUCAAUCACUCCACACAGACACAAAUGCACAUUUCCACCAUGUCUUCUUUCAACAUGAAGUCAUGCACAGUAGCUUCACUGUUCAGUCAUCAGUGUGGACACAAUCAUAUUUCAUAUACAAAUCAUACAUUGUAAACAGAAGUUGUGCCUUUUUUCAUGGAAUACUUUAACAUAUCAACUGUUUGCUGUCAUUAAAAAUGAAUGUGGAAAAUACUAAAGGGCCUUUCUUAAGAAAAUUGGCACAAAUAACGGCUGUGUUGGAACAGAUGCAUGUCCCAUAUAUAUUUUUAUACAUUGUUUCUCACAGGUUAACCAUUACAGUAACAUCCACUAACAUCACCAUUCACUUAUAACCCUCUAAAUUCUGUUAAUGAUUCCAAAAAUUCCAAAGAUAUAUGCAGGAAUGAUGCACAAGACAUCUAGAAUUUUUGAAAGUCCAUUUAAAAACAUGGAGUCUUGAGUUUGAAUAUUGGACUGUGUAAAAAUUAUAGACCUUGAAAGAAGGGUUGGAACAAGCAGAUACAGAAUACAUCUGUGAUAAUAAGUAGACCUAUAAAGUGAAAAACUGAGGUUCAAGAGAUAUUUUGCUAACAACAAAAUCCUAGAAAACUACAGUUAGCACUGAUGCAUCACUUUGACAUGUCAUUAGCGACUGCCAUUACCUCUCUGGACUGUGUUGUACAUUUAGAUUUUCUAAAUGUGGUAGUGUUGCAUUGAAUACUUAGUUUGGGUUAGCCUCAUUUGUGACCUUAGCACCCUGUAUGUCACUCCAUGAUUCAGUUGCAUAGCAUUCCCAAUGUAAACCUUAGGGGAAAAGCCAAAACUUUUUUCUUUCUUUUUUUCAACCUGGCAAAAAUUUCUUGCCUGACCGUAAACAUCUGUGAGAUCACAAAAAUGCAUUUAAAGAUGCAACCUGCUCCUGGAAAAUAAAAUGUAGAUUUUCCCACUAAGGUUUGUGUAGCGGUAACAUACAGGAUACAUAGGUCACAAAUGGGGCUAUGUUUGGGUUAGUUGUCAGUGCUAUUCCAGUUACUUAUUCUUUGACCCAGUAGUUCCGGAUUUAAAUCAAACUUUAAAUAAAAAUAGAAAUUUUCACAUAUUUUAGGUGCUGGCUUGCAGGCAUACAUAAAAAAAGGGAAAGCAAACUUUGUGUCUGUCUGCUUAUAUUUGGACAAUAUUUGACAUUUAAAAUUCAUCAUGUGACCAAAGUUCCAUACUUAGCUCACAUGAUGACAAGUGAACAAACUCCAUAAGAACUGAGCAAACUCAAUUUGCUGAUGAAAAUUGAGUUUGCUCAAUUUUGUUUAAAGGGCCGCACAAAAUCUACUAAAUGGACCUUUUAGUUAAGAUUAUUUUGUCAAACUACUGUUCUCAUGGUCAAGAAUGAACUUUCAUGCUCAACAUUUGAGUACUGUUGCUUUUUUUGUAAAAUGAAAAAAAAGGUUUUGUAGAAAAACUGUUUUGGUAUCAGUAGAAAAACUCUGGUAUCAUAUUGACACAUAUUGAAAAUUUUCAAUCAAUUAUCAGCCCUACAACAACGUAACUGAAGGAUGAAAAGCCACAAAGGCAAUGUUAGCUGAUGUAUAUUAUUUCAGAAAAACAAAGAUUACAUAUUUCAUCUGUAGAACAGACAUAAUUUUGGACACUUGUCCUUUUUAUACCUUCAAGAGACAUUGGACUGCACACUAUAUUGCAAAAAUGUGAACUUUAUAGCUUGCAAAAAUUUUGCUGAACUUCACUUUUUCCCUUCCACCACAGCAGUUAACAGAUGGUGCAUCUUACUUCCAUGAAAUGUUUCAUGCAUAUAUAACGCAAUAGUGUUAUCAUUUACCUCACAUACUCAUCUUGUUUUUGUGCUCCAAGAUUCAAAAAUGAUGAUGAACUAGAAGUGUUAAGUUCCCAUUUUCCCUUCCUGAAUGACAGGACUUGAUGAGAUAUGAAUAGAGACAAUACUUUUCUGGGUUGUGUGAUAUGUAGAGUAGAAUGUGUAAUGUUUCAAAGCAUUUAUGGAAGUUUGCUAUUUGUAUCUUGUGAAGGUUUGUGGUUUUACAAGAGAUGUUAGCAAGCCGCUUUUUUUUUUUUUGGUAAUCAUAGCACUUUUUUGUAAAUUGAAUGCCUUUAUUUCCUCCAAUACCUUUUGUUUAAAACCUUUUAUUACAAAUGUAUAGAUGAUGUAUUUAGCUCUUUUAGAGAACAAUAACAUGUAAAUACAAUAUAAAAUGUUUUAUUUUUACAGGUACAAUUUUGACAGUGUUUUUCCUAUCAAAGUGUCAUUUUUGCUUUACUUGCACAAGUGUUCUGUGUAUCUCAUUGAGGGGUCUUUUAACAAAUAAUGUACCUUAAACACAGAUUUUUGUAGGCCUAGUUUUUCGGAAGGUCUUUUUUGACUAUUCAACCACUGGUUUAGGUGAGAGCACAGACAAUAAUUAAGCUUAAACGGAUGGUUAUAUAGCACUUAAUUAUAUCAUCUUGUCAUGGGUUGUUUAAUUAGUUGUUAAAAAGACAAACAAGAUAUAUGUUGAGAUGAUUUUGUCCUCUUCUAUCAUUCUUUUACCUCCGUGUGACAUUAUGGAAAAUUUUUUACUUGAUUUCUUAGUGGUUUCUGUCUGAAAGUUGUUGCAUGAACACAAAUUUUACAAUCAGCUUACUGCAGUUUUAACUUGAUGUAUAAGUAAUAUGGACUGUAUGACAGAAUCCAGGGAUCUGAUGUGGGGGAAAAUAAAAGCAACAGACUGUGGAUCAAAGUUGAAUGAAAAAAAGCUCUACACAUUGGUAUUAGAUCAUGUUCAUAAUUCUAAAGCUAAUCUAAACCGCGAAAACAAAAUAUAGGAAAAACAGACUCUCCCAUAGUCUUGUAGUGACCAGGCGAUAGGAGGUACUCUUCACUGAGAGGCACAGACCUUUAGCAAUUCAUGACAAACUCUAUAAGCUUCAGUGGUACCAGUGAACUUUAUUGAAUGUGUAUGUAAGAAACACUGCAAUACUGCAAUAUAUUUUGGUAUUGGAUCAAGCUGCUAACAUACUUUUAAAGCUCCUUAAGGUGCUACAGACCUCUUUUCUAGUUCUUAAAUGUAUCGUUUGUACAAACAAAGUAUCCAGUUGGCAUGUGUGUGCCUGGUUGUAUUAUAUAGCUCCAUAUAUUUUCCUUGUACUGUGACUUUUGUAGUCUUUUUACAGACUUGCCUGUAAUACCCCCUGCCCCCACCCCACCUCCCCACCUGUGUGUUGUUGGAGUCAUUGAGGGAGAUUGCUCUGAGUGAAGUCACUCAGCAGAGAUGAAGACAUUGGUGCUGAUGCUGAGAAAUCCGACUCCAUGGGAUGCCAUUCAAAAUGAGUUGAAGAAGUUCAGAGACAAACUGCAUUCCAGCAAUGUUGGUUUUGUUAUUUGUUGCAUUUCAACAAUGCCAUCCUGUGACAAUGAUGGACUAAUUUCUAAUUCUCAAUAUUUUACUUCAAAUCUAUUUUACAAACUACUGUUGUAUUUUUAUAAAUAUAGGCCUCAUAAGGCCUAAUAAGUAAUUCAGAUAAACAUAUAUAAGUAAAUAUAUGUGUAUAUGUUUAUAGGUUGUGUAAAAUAAAAAUUAAUGCUGCAGCUUUUAUCUGUUUGUUUUUAAACAUUGACAUCAUCCAAAGAGGCAGAUUAUUUAUUGUCUGGCAGAAUAACCUGAUUUGAUUUACAUACCUUGCUGCUAUGAAAGAGAAGAGCUGCAGUUGUCAACUCCAGUGUUUUUACACAAUGUAAUGAAAGUUCAAUAAACAUAAGAGAAGGAUCCAA